UAAUUCACCUUCCCCUCUCCCUCUGGUUGUUCGUUCCUCGUUCCCUUUCUUAUUAUUGCUCCACUAAUAGAUCCUCGGCCCUCUCAUCCUCUUCCCCCACCCUUCCUCUCCUCAAAUCCCGCUCCCCAAAGAGAGCGAACGAGAGGGAGAAGAGAGAGGACACCGGGAUCUCCCUCGCCAUGGCCGCCACCGAUGGCUUCUCUGACAAGAACGUCGUCUUCAGGAAGCUCAAGGCCAAAUCCGAGAACAAGAUGUGCUUCGAUUGCAAUGCGAAGAAUCCGACGUGGGCGUCGGUGACGUACGGGAUCUUCCUCUGCAUCGAUUGCUCUGCAGUCCACCGCAGCCUCGGUGUGCAUAUCAGCUUCGUGAGGUCAACUAAUUUAGAUUCUUGGACUUCGGAGCAGCUUAAGAUGAUGGCUUUUGGAGGCAACAACCGAGCACAUGUCUUCUUUAAACAGCAUGGGUGGACGGAUGGUGGCAAAAUAGAGGCAAAGUAUACAUCAAGAGCUGCUGAGCUGUAUAGGCAGAUACUAGCAAAGGAAGUUGCUAAAAGCUCUCCGGAUGAUAAUGGUUUGCCGUCAUCGCCUGUUGCAACACCUCAGGUGUCAGAUUCUGCCAAUGGCCUCCCUGAGCUUAAGCUUUCAGAUGCUUCAAAAGAAAAUAUGAAUGAGAAGCUUGAACCUGAGGUCGUUCGUUCGCCUAGAGCCCCUAUUCAUCCGACAAUCAAGAAGCCCAUUGGUGCAAAGAAGACGGGAGGGAAGACAGGGGGACUUGGUGUCCGGAAGCUUACUACAAAGCCGAAUGAAAGCCUUUAUGACCAGAAGCCUGAAGAACCAGCACCUGCUUUACCAUCCUUGGCUACUUCCACCACAACAACUGGCCUUUCCUUCCCUUCCCGAUUUGAAUAUGUGGAGCCAUCGGCCGAGACCAGCUCUGGAGGAACUCAAGUGAUUGGCCAUGUCGCACCACCAAAAUCUUCGAACUUCUUUCAAGAGUUCGGGAUGGACGGUGGUUUUCAGAAGAAAACAAGCUCAACUUCAUCUAAAGUACAGGUACAAGAAAGUAAUGAAGCAAGACAAAAGUUCUCAAAUGCCAAAUCCAUUUCAUCGGCUCAAUUUUUUGGUGAUCAGAACAAUGCUGAUAAGGAGGCCCAAAUCUCACUUCAAAAGUUCACAGGUUCAACAUCCAUUUCAAGCGCUGAUCUCUUUGGUCAUGAUAUGGACGAUCCUCGUCUUGACCUCACUGCUGCAGAUCUCAUCAAUCGGCUUUCUUUCCAGGCAUCACAGGAUAUAUCUUCGCUUAAGAACAUAGCCGGAGAGACCAGUAAAAAGCUGACAUCUUUAGCGUCGAGCCUCAUUAACGAUCUCCAAGACCGAAUCCUCUGAGUGUAAUAGUACAUGCAUGAGAUGAUAUUCUUAUUUUUAUAAAUUGUCCGAAGGCAAUCCUCUAAAUCUCAGUUCGUGGUCAAUAUAAGGAAACCCUGGAGAUUGCUGCUUUAGCCUGCUGCAGUAAUUUUAUUCCUGUUUUCUUUUUCUGCUUAGAGAGAGACAUUACUUAAAGGUUGUGACUUUAGUGGUGGUACACAUCAUGGCCAACUUUGUUUAAACAUACCGAACUGGGAACCAUAGCAAAAUGUUGUGUAUUUUGAUUAUUAUUAUAAUUGUUUUACUAUUAUUGCAUCUCUCUCGGUGCAUUCUUGAA